CCGCCGCGAGCCCGAGCUCACAUGACCGGCUGUCAGAUCAGCCCUGUGUAGCCUUCCUAGCAUGGCGCUGCAGUUCUCAGACGAGCAAUUUCAGGAAGCGUGGAGAGAAUUAGACGACCCCCAACUAGAGGGUGAAUGGGAGCUCUUCACCUCCUCCAUGGGCAUUCAGAUCUAUCGACUGUACGACCAGGACAGUGGACUUUAUGAAUACAAAAUUUUUGGAAGCCUCGCUGAUUAUCCUCCGGAUGAGUGUGCCGCCGUUUACAUGGACUUAGAAUAUCGGAAACACUGGGAUGGCUAUGUGAAAGAACUCUCAGAAAAAGUCUAUGAUGGACAGACCAUAAUAUACUGGGAAGUCAAAUAUCCCUUUCCUCUGUCGAACAGAGACUACACUUAUAUUCGUGAGAUGCGGGAGCUGAAGGUGAAUGGAAGAAGAAUCUGGGUCACUUUGGCGAAGAAUGUGUCCGUCCCUCAGUGUCCAGAGAAGUCCUCUGUUAUAAGAGUCCAAGACUACAAGCAGAGCCUUGCGAUGGAGAGCGACGGCGAGGUGGGGACCAGAGUAUACAUGAACUACUUUGAUAACCCCGGAGGGAUGAUCCCAUCGUGGCUUAUAAAUUGGGCAGCCAAGAGCGGUGUGCCCUCCUUUCUGACGGACAUGAAGAAGGCCUGUAAGAAUUAUGCUGCCUUUCAACAGCGAGCGGGGAGAUAGUGGCCGAGAAGCCACGCCAAACUUGCCUGUCCAUUCUGCAUAGUGCAGAUUUUGUAUUUCUGUUUUGUGGGAAAUGCUGCUGUCUCUGCAGUUUGGAGUGACGAGGCAGAUUGUACUGUAUUCUCUAAAGCAUGGUGAGCAGCUUGAAGUGUUCUGGCUGGGUUGCUGUGGGGCUGUGUGCUUCCGGCUGUCCUGAAAUGCUGUAUCUCAAAUCUCAUAGAUUUUUUUUUAUAUCUCACGAAGCAGGUGAACACUGUUUUUAUGUUCACUGCUUAAUGUGACAGCUUUUUUUACAUAUUAGAAUGCUGAUUGAAAACAAGACAUGUAGGCAUUAGUAAUCAGUUUUGAUGGAUUUUAUAAAAUGAGAUGAUGAAUAGAUCACGAGCAGGAGACCCCCUCACAUCGGGUUUGAGGUAGUGGCCAAAAAAAAAGUACCACAAAUGCCAUACAGUGGCAUCAAAAUGGCUAGUAGACAUAAAUGUAUGCAAUUUAAUAACAUCCACACUUCUGCAAGAGAGGUGCAGCUUAUGGAGAAAGCCAGUCCACCCAUGCAUGUUUCAUGGAGGGACUACACAUUAGGCUGUGCUUCAUUCCAGCAUCUCCUCAAAGUGCUCGAUGCCGUACACAGGUUGGAGAUUCUAAUGUUUAUCAAACUGUUGGGGUUCUCUGAGGUCAGAAAAUGGGUGAACAGAUGGAGAUUAAUAUAUUGAUAAUAAACAAUCAGUUGUAUACAA